CCAGCAUCGGGUGCUACAGCAAACAGUUGAACUGCAAGUAGAAGGUGUUAACGAGCUUAUAUCCCUAAAUGACACACCGUGUCAUAUGUGGCCAAAAGAAGAUUCUUGGAAUACACAUCCUUCCGGAUUUUACUACAAAGGCAGAUGGCAAAACGUACGUUGUAAAAUAACCACAAAUUUGCCUAUCCCCAGAUACAAGCGUUGCUUCGCUAAUAGACAGCUGUUACUGAUAGGAGAUUCCAAUGUUCGCAUAAUUGGCACGAGAAUCAUCAACGAAAUGGAAUUUAGACUUCUGAAGGGAAAUGCAACUUCCAGUAUUCCGCAGGACGUCCUGGCGUAUGAAAAAAGCAAUAACAUUACCUUAUCGAUGUUCCCGCAUCAAUUGCCGUACUAUGCUCACAGAUCUGUUGAUAAAACUGUCUUCGUUUCGGCGGCGAAGCGCUUGGAUGAUAUUCCAGCUGGUGACAACCGUAUCAUUCUUAUUCACCUUUGGCUGCAUAUGCUCCGUAGUUCCGUGGAUACGUUCAGGUACCAUGUGCGACAUAUACGACAAGCUAUCGAAAGGCUCAUUCAAAGGUCACCAAAUGUUCACAUUUCUAUCAAGGGGCCACACGCCUACAACUACAAGGAUCAACUACCGGUAGAUUAUAUGGCAUCACAGCACAUACGAAUAUGGUGGGAAGAAUUCGUCGAUCUCCACGACAAAGUCAUAUUUCUCAAUGAGUGGGACAGAACUGUUGGUAACGAAAACAGUAAUGCUCAUCCAAACUGUGCCAUCGAUCUCAUUUCUAAUUUUUUGGCGCAUGUUUGUGAUCCAUAAGUAUGACCUGUAGUACGGCCUAUAGAUAUUCCAAGUGAAACGCUUAUCAUCAAGAUUUAGGGUGACGCGUGCCCCUCAUGCUCUAAUCACCGUGGUUCCCGAUGAUAGGUCAAUUAUGCCGAUCGGUCAUCAGGACUCAAUCACGAUGGUUUGCGAUGACAAGUCGAAUCGCGAUGAACCCCCGCGACCGGAACGUGGAGAAUCACGUGAUGUCAGCAGGACUCAUCGGCGCUUACUCAUGCGAUAAGAGCCGUGUAUUAGGGAUGUCCAUAUUUACCUGUAAAAUAGUCGAUAAAUUCAGCCGCCACCAUUCAGCCAUACCUACCGACGUUAAUCUAUGCAAAUCAAGCAUACUCGAAACCCAAA